AUAUUCGCAAAUUUUACAAAACGAAACGUGAUAAAAAUAGCAAACGAAAGAAAGUCGAAAAAGAAGAAAAUUAAUUUUUUUGGAAAAGAUUUUUUUUAAACCUCGGAACAGGAAAUUUUCCCACGACAUACUUUCAGGCAAUUAGCUGCGUCGAGAUGAAUAAAUUGAAGUCUACACAGAAAGAUAAGGUGAAAAGAUUCAUUUCGCUUACGCAGACUGGCGAACAAACGGCUAUAUACUGCCUGCAACAGAAUGACUGGAAGUUGGAAUUAGCGAGCGAUAACUACUUUCAGAAUCCAGAAUACUAUUAUCGUGAGCUAGAUCGUAAACGAAUUGAACAGCUCUUCCUGCGUUACCGAGAUCCAUGCGAACCACAAAAGAUAACCGCCGAUGGAGUUAUACGUUUUCUGGAAGAUCUCGCCUUAAGUCCAGAUUCAAAGUUGGUCUUGAUUAUUGCAUGGAAAUUCCGCGCUGAAGUGCAAUGCGAAUUCAAACAUGAUGAAUUCGUGAAUGGCAUGGGAGAACUGGGUGUGGAUAGUAUCGAUAAGCUGAAAGCGAAAUUGCCUCAGUUAGAAAUGGAGUUAAAUGAUCCAUCCAAGUUUAAGGACUUUUAUCAAUUUACUUUCAAUUAUGCGAAGGAUCCGGGUCAGAAAGGAAUCGAUUUAAAUAUGGCCAUUGUAUAUUGGAAAAUUGUUCUCAGCAGUCGAUUUAAAUUCUUGGAUUUAUGGUGUAGGUUUUUGGAGGAAAAACAUAAGCGUUCGAUACCCAAAGACACUUGGAAUUUGCUAUUGGAUUUUGCUACUCACAUUGAUGACAAUAUGAGUAACUACGAUUCAGAGGGAGCAUGGCCAGUGCUUAUUGAUGAUUUUGUCGAAUGGUGUCACGAAAAUCAUCUAAUGGCUACCCAGCAGCAUCCUCAGCAACAACAUCAUCAGCUACUCGCUAACUAUCAGCCUCAACUACAGACUAUGCCAGCGCAGCAGCAACAACAGCAGCGCAAUAUAUCGAGCAGUUACCAGCCGACCUCGCAUAGUACAAACAUUAAUUAUGGCUAACGUUUAUUUAAUAUCCUAAUUAUUUUAAUAAUAAAUUUGCUUUUAUUCUUAUUAUUAUAAAUAAUUAUAGCAUAAACUUUGAAUUAGUGAGCGCUUCUUUCAACCUACAAAACCGCCAAUCUACAGAUUGAUAUACACGAAAAUUCAUACAUUCAAACCGCAACUUUUUCGGACCUAAAUAUCGAAUCUCGGCCAGCGCAGAUCAGAGCGUAUACUCGAAAAUUAAACUUAAAACCAAAUUAAAUAAUGUUAUAAAACUGUUGACUGUAGAAUAUGUUUUUGGUUUAUAU